GCUCCCGCAGGACCGCAGACCCUCGCAGACCCGCAGAUCUCGCGUGCAUUCACCCAGACCUCCUCUAACAACCCCACCCAUAGAGCAUCCUGGCGCGCGUCGCACGCCCUAGAGUUGUCGUGGGGCCACUUGGCCGCUGGGAAGCUGUGGACCUUCAGUCCGGGAAACCCGCGUCCAGGGAAGCCUGGAGAGCCACGGCGCCAGGGGCGGCCCGGGGGCGGCGGGAUGAGCUGGCGAGCCGGCUGAGCGCGCCGAGGAGCUGGUGCAGUCACCGCGGAAGACAUGGCAUCCUGGCUCUGGAGAAAGCUGCGUGGCAAGAGGCGGCUGGUGACGGCAUUCUGCCUCUUGAUGACUCUGUCUGUAGUGGCUGUCACCCGCUUCCCCCCACAGCAUCCUGCUGCUGGCCUGGACCCCGGUCCCAUGGAACCCCAGGAAGUAACCAGCGCCCCUGACCCCCGCAGCUGGCAGGCUCUGAGCUCCAGCCGGAGGCAGCGGGCAAGAAGCCUGGGGUUCUGGCGAGACUGGGCCUUGCCCAGGAAUUCCGACCUAAUGUGUGCUGAGGAGCAAGGCCACAGAGGGAGAGUGGACAAAAGCAGGCAGUCCCUGGGAGGGGACAGCGGACGUCCAGGGAGGGUCAGGCGAGACAUUACUUUGGCAUCUCUAGGAGAUCUGAGACUCAGUACCCGGCGUCUUGUGCUCCUGAGAGAGGAUGAGGUCAGACGUCCAGGAGCCAAAGAACUGGGCACCCCCUGGCACAACGGUCCCACCCAGGAGGCACAGAAUGAGACUGGCACCCUGUUCAGCCUCCUCACAGGGCGUGACACGGCAGCUCGAAGGACUUGGAGAACUACUGCUGGACCGACCCUCCGGCUGCGUCCAGUGGAAGGCAGGGAUCUGCCAGGAGCUGGGAACAGAGCCUUGACUGGUGGGCAGGGAGCAGGGGAUCCUGCUCCGGUUGCAGGGGCUCGUCGGUGGCCUGACUCUGUUGGGGAGCUGCAAGGAUCUGUCUGGUGUGACGCUGAGACCCCUGGGCUGUUGACUGGCUCAAGGACAGAAGGGCAGGUUCCCCCAUGGCUCACAGAGCACGAUGUGCAGACCCUCCGGCUGUUGGCCCAGGGGGAGGUGGUGGGCAAAGCCAGGGUCCCCGGCCACGGGCAGGUGCUGCAGGUCGGCUUCUCUGCCGAGGGUGCCCUUCGGGACGUGUCUCCUGGGCUCAGCCCACUCUGCUCCCAGGGGCUCUGCGGCCUGAUCAAGAGGCCUGGGGACCUGCCCGAGGUCCUGUCCUUCCACGUGGACCGAGUCCUGGGGCUGCGCCGGAGCCUGCCUGCUGUGGCCCGGAGCUUCCACAGCCCCCUGCUGCCCUACCGCUACACGGACGGUGGCGCAAGGCCCGUCAUCUGGUGGGCGCCCGACGUGCAGCACCUGGGUGACCCAGAGGACGACCAGAACUCCCUGGCCUUGGGCUGGCUGCAGUACCAGGCCCUGCUGGCACGUGGCUGCAGCCGGCCGGGCCAGGCCCCGUGCCCGGGCAUCCACCACGCCGAGUGGGCACGCCUGGCGCUCUUUGACUUCCUGCUGCAGGUCCAUGACCGCCUGGAUCGCUACUGCUGUGGCUUCGAGCCUGAGCCCUCAGACCCCUGUGUGGAAGAGAGGCUCCGAGAGAAAUGCCAGAACCCGGGCGAGCUGCGACUGGUCCACAUCCUGGUCCGGAGCAGCGAUCCAUCUCAUCUGGUCUACAUCGAUAAUGCUGGCAACCUUCAGCACCCUGAAGACAAGCUGAACUUUCGGCUGCUGGAGGGCAUAGACGGGUUUCCUGAGUCUGCCGUGAAGGUUCUCGCAUCAGGGUGUCUAGAGAAUAUGCUGCUCAAGUCACUGCAGAUGGACCCGGUGUUCUGGGAAAGCCAAGGUGGGGGCCAGGGGCUGAAGCAGGUUCUCCAGACCCUGGAGCGGCGAGGACAGGUCCUGCUGGAACACAUCCGGAAGCACAACCUGACACUCUUCAGGGACGAGGACCUGUGAGCCCCCUGACUGCCCAGGCAGGGCUCUCGCCUCGCUGGUGGGGCACCUCACAACACGACCUGAGUGGAUGAAUGCCCAUGCUGAUGGCCACAUUUUCUUGGGUUCACUCAUCUUGACGACAACUAGGAAAAGCCAGAAACCAGAAGGGCAUCAUGGAUGUCACGGGCUGUGUCACCUGCUUGGGGUGGUGGAGAUGGUUGUGGGUGCUGGGUUUUCAAUCUCACCGCAUUCCUUUCUGCCUUCUUAGCUCUGGCUGUUUACUCCCUUGCACCCAUAAAUGCAUUCAAGAAUGUUCUAUGGACUGCUCCAGAUACUAUAAAGUCAUAUAUCCCACAUGCAUAUGCAGAGCUGGACAACUGUGUGUGUGGAGGUGUGUAGGUAUAUGUGGCAUGUGUGCAUGUCCGCACACAUACAUGAGAUGAGAAGAAUAAAGGAUCUUCCUAGAAUUGUACAUGCGGCCCAGAACUGCCUUGGCUGAAAGAAGACUCAGUCUAAGGAAGGAAACACUAAGCGUUUCAUCUUUAUAGGCUUUAAAUGUUCAAUUCUUAGUUAUGUUUUUUGGUUUAAGAAUUAUAAAAUUAAUACAUGCUACUAAAAACAAAUUCAUGAAUAAUAGAAGCAUAUAAGAUAAAAAGAGCAAGUCCCAGAAGCUCCCUAGGGAUGUUGAUGUGUGUAUUUUAUUCACACUCACACUACAUGCAAGUUAAAAAAUAAUAGAAGUAGGGUCAUCUAUGUUUGCCAAGUCACUACUUUAACUUUACUCUAUAUUAACCAUAUUAAGUAUCAGCCACCUGGGUUGACUCAGUUCUUACUGAUGACUGCAUGGGAUUCCAAGGCAGGGUGGCGUCAUAUUUUAUUUAGCUGUUCUCAUUAUGAUGAACCUUAGGUGGCU